ACACCUUGAUAUUCCGUUGGAAAAAAGGCAGAGGCGCGAUUAGAUAGUCAGUCGUAUCUUAGCCAGAGAGUCAGCUACUUCUUCCUCCAUUCGGAGAUUCGCAAUUGAUUCCCCCCAGAGUCAGAGCCAAAUGGUGCUGGCUGUUCUAGAAGAGUGAAGUGAUUUGGGGAGUCAUUGAAUUUAACGUCUUUUUCUGACUCUUCGCUUUGUGAAGUAUUUAUAAACAAAAUCUCCCGCGCUAAUGGGAGCCUUUGAAGAAGCAAUAAAUUGCGUAUAGGGCAAAUACCAAAAAUCGUAAUCACGACUGAAGAAGGAGUUGUAAUCAUUGUGGUAUAAAUGGCCAAGUAAAUUUGAAUUAACUUAUCGUAACCACCACAUUGCUUUAUCAGUUUUAUGUUUAUUGCGGUGUGUCUUUGAAGUUGAGAGAUUUAUCGGUGAAGUUUUUUUUUUGUUCUUGUGAUACUCUUACACAAUUAUAUCCAGAUUUUUUUUCUACUUCUCCAGAGACAAAGUGAGCAAAAUCAAGGUGAAUUGAAAAUGCCUCCCAAAUGAAUUUGUUUGUUUUCUGUUCGGGAGUUUUCAACAUUUUAAACAACCACACAAUGUUGAGUACCAUCAUUUGAGAUAUUGUGAAAAUAAACGUUACAAAUAAAUUUCACACAGUGUGGUGGAAAAUUCGAGCCAGGCCAACAUUGGGGAAAAAUUGGAUGUGGGAUUUUGUGUACAUCGCAGAUGGAAUAAAUUGAUUUUCCAAUCACAUUGUUUUCCACUGCGAAUGGAGCUACAGGGAAAUUGUGAGCAUGAUUUCCACUAGGAAUCCUCUGAUUUUCCUCAGCAUUGCCAUCUGCCUCUGUCAAUUGAUUCAACCAAUUAAUUCAGAAAACAAGAGGGUUAAGUAUCAUUCUGAACCUGACCAACUGAAGCACAUCCAGCUGGUGACAGGCAGUGAAGUUACUCUGAGAUGUGGGAUAAGAAACAGCCAUUCAGAUUACAUGAUCUCGUCGGAGAUUGAAUGGUUUUUCAAGCCUUGUGGGAACUUCCGAAACAAGACUUCCUGCAAAUCCGACAGCGACAAAUCCUGGACCAGGCUUGAAUGCGAAGGAUCACCUUGCGAGCCAACCCUGGUCAUCAGGAAUCCAACUGAAGUGAAUUCAGGACUCUAUCGUUGCAGUAUGAAUCCCUAUCGUCCGGAUAAUCGGACGGUUCUGGGUAUUCAUGUGGUCAACACUUACCAGUUGGACGUUGUGCCACCUGAUGUGAUGGAUUCUCCGCCGGAGUUCCUGGGUUUCGGAGCUAAUGUAUCAGUUCCCCUGGAUGGAACUGCGGUGCUGCCCUGCAAAGUCUACAGUCGAAUUCCACCGUCGAUCCGAUGGUUCAGGAAGCAGGACAACAGCAGCAACUAUCCCUCAUUCGCAGGGGACAGCUACAACCAUGUCAUCCAGUACCUGGAGAGCACAUUUGAGAGUGUUGAAUCUUCGGGACAGAAGCUCGUGGGACGUGAUACGUAUUUGAGUAAAUUCAUCAUAAACAAUGUCGCGGAAGAGGAUAGUGGAUACUAUGUUUGUGUCAGUAUGAACUACAACGGAUACAGAAUCCAGGAGACUCUCCUGGAAGUGAUUGUGCCAGAGAGGAAAUUGAUGAAAAAUCAAUUCUUCCUCCUCUUCCUCAUUCCCGUGAUCUUUGCCAUCAUCCCCCUGUCCAUGUGGCUGUGCUUCAUUGUGAGCAGGAGGAGGCAGAGACUCAAUGCCAAAACUAGUCAAAUUGCAACACCUGCCGAAGAUAGUGCAAAUAUUCCACUGAGGAACAACACCACCAUUCUAAUUACCAAUAAUUACGACAACAGACGAUAUACUACGCUAAAAAAUAAAUCCUACUGGUAUUAUUUGUAAGAAAAAUUGUGAUAAAUUAUUUUAGAAUAAAUUUAUAAAGUUUUUUUUCUUUUAA